GAGAAUAGUAUAACUCGAUUAAACGCACUCACGGACAGCUUCAUUUUGAGGCAGACGUCUGCACCAUCGAGUGGCAGUUUACUGUCUUUCUACGUUGAGAUAUCAUCACUUUAUUCCCAUAUCCUCGAUGUAUCUGACUCCGCGAUAUAUCGAAAUAUACGGUGAAGUGUUCAUGUAGUAUUCGUACAAUCGUUGACACCGUUCACGUGCCAGACGAAGACCUACCUCCAUCUUUCCAUCGAAAUCGACUCGAAACACCUCGUGGACUCGAGCAGCGAAAAAAGGCUCUAAAAAUACUGAUUCAACAUGGAGCAGAAGCGGGUGUAUAAAGUGGUGCUCACUGGAGGUCCUUGUGGCGGGAAAACAACCGGUCAGAUGCGGUUAUGCACGUUCUUCGAAAACAUGGGUUGGAAGGUAUUCCGUGUUCCCGAAACAGCGACCGUGCUGCUCAGCGGAGGCAUAAAGUUUUCAGACCUGAACGCUGAAGAAGCAAAGGGAUCCGGGUCGCGUCCUUCGAUUACGAAGUCCUCGCAGCGACAUUACAGGAACAGGUCGAACAAAGGCGAAGCGAGGUGGCCGGAGAUCUUGGAAGUUAACUCUGGUGAGGCAUUCAAAUUUCAAGAGAACCUUUUGCGCACGAUGCUACAAAUAGAAAAUACGUUCUUCCAGCUAGGUGAAAGUUCUUCAAGAAAUUGCCUUAUUAUUUGUGAUCGCGGUGCCAUGGAUGCCUCUGCAUUUAUUUCGAAGGAUAAGUGGGAACUGAUGGCGGCUUCGAAUGGAUGGAACAACGUCGAGCUCCGAGACAAUAGGUAUAACCAGAUUAUCCACAUGGUUUCAGCGGCGAACGGCGCCGAAGACUUUUAUUCGACGGAAGAUCACGCGUGUCGAUCUGAAAGCGUCGAUCUAGCCAGGGAACUCGAUUACAAAGCAGCCGCCGCCUGGGUUGGGCAUCCUUACUUCGAUGUAAUAGAUAACUCGCAGGAUUUUGAAUCAAAGCUUUGUCGCAUGAUCGAAUGCGUGUGCCAAAAGCUAGGUAUCGAUACCGGGGACAGAUUGCAGUCGAGUAGUACAAAGGUUAAGUUCCUCAUUAAAGGUCCUCUACCGAUGGACUCCAAGUUUCCGCCGUUCCAAGACUUCGAUGUCGUCCAUAACUAUCUCCAAAGUAGCAAUCCAAAAAUGCAAGCUCGUCUACGUAAACGUGGCCAAAAAGGUCACUGGUCUUACAUUCAUACGAUUCGACGUCCAAAAAUGUGCGGCCAGGUGAUCGAAGUUAAAACACAAUUGACUCAUCGAGAUUACUUAAACAUGCUCGCUCAACGCGAUGACUCGCAUUUCACCAUUUUUAAGCGGCGGCGUUGUUUUCUCAUCAACAAUCAAUACUUUCAGUUAGAUAUAUACAGAGAACCAGCUCAUCCAAGGUGCCAAGGAUUGAUGCUACUCGAAACGUACACAGCAUUAUCGGGAGACGAGCUUAAGAACAUAUUACCACAGUUCCUGACAAUCGAGAAAGAAGUCACUGGAAAUCCAGAUUACAGCAUGUUCAAUCUUAGUCUACGAGAAGAAUGGAACAAUACUAAUAAAUAUUGUGAAAAUUUAUACGAUUACGCUCUUAAAGGCUUGAAGGAAUCUGGUUUGACAGAAAAUAAAAGUACUUAUCCACCAGAAACAAAAGAUACAUCGAUUAAAAAACUAGUACACGGAGUUGAUCGUAGAGUCAGUGGUAUGGACAUUGCUGUAAAUAGUGUAGAUAAAGUUGUAAAUGGCGUACAAAAUGGCGUCCACGAUGCUACAAAUGGCAACGUAAAAUUCGUCAAACAAAAUAGCGUACAAAGCAAUAGUCAAGGGCGCGAUAAUGUUGCAAAAUUUUGAAUGAUAAUUCGAAUAAUAAAAAUUUGUGAAAAGAUGUGAUAAGAACUGCUUUUGAAACGAUAUGAAAACAAAACGGUAUGUAACAAAUAAAUGAAAGCUUAGAGACUAAUUACUUGAGUAAUUUCAAAAAUAAUUUAUGGGCACUGACAAGUAACUCGAUCUAAAAUUUCUUAGGCAAUAUAAAUAUAAUAAUA